GAUAACGCAGAUAAACACCAACGCAAGGCAAGACAACAGAAACGGACCCGCUCCUCCUCCCUGUCACCGUCCGGACCACCCCACCCCCGUCCUCGUCACCUUUCGUCCUCAGCUCCUUCCAGAACCGCCUCCGUCCGUUUCUCCAGUCUAGCUGGCUCUGGCUGCCUUGCCAUUGCUCGUUUGCUUGCCCCUAUAAGACUCUUCACUCCCAGUGCAGCCCUCACAGACGCACACAGAAGCCAUAUCCCAUUUCAUCCCAGCAGCUCAAGCUAGAGUAGCCAGUUUCGGCAGCCUAGGAAAUGGAAGGCAAGGAGGAGGAUGUCCGCCUGGGCGCGAACAAGUUUUCUGAGCGGCAGCCCAUCGGCACGGCCGCGCAGGGGUCAGAGGACAAGGACUACAAGGAGCCUCCGCCCGCGCCGCUGUUCGAGCCCGGCGAGCUCAAGUCGUGGUCCUUCUACCGCGCCGGCAUCGCCGAGUUCAUGGCCACCUUCCUCUUCCUCUACGUCACCAUCCUCACCGUCAUGGGCGUCAACAAUUCCCCCUCCAAGUGCGCCACCGUCGGCAUCCAGGGCAUAGCCUGGUCCUUCGGCGGCAUGAUCUUCGCCCUCGUCUACUGCACCGCCGGCAUCUCCGGAGGGCACAUCAACCCGGCGGUGACCUUCGGGCUGUUCCUGGCGAGGAAGCUGUCGCUGACCAGGGCCGUGUUCUACAUCGUGAUGCAGUGCCUCGGCGCCAUCUGCGGCGCCGGCGUCGUCAAGGGGUUCCAGUCGGGGCUGUACAUGAGCAGCGGAGGCGGCGCCAACGCCGUCGCUGCCGGCUACACCAAGGGCGAUGGCCUCGGCGCCGAGAUCGUCGGCACCUUCGUCCUCGUCUACACCGUCUUCUCCGCCACCGACGCCAAGAGGAACGCCAGGGACUCCCAUGUUCCCAUCCUUGCCCCACUGCCAAUUGGGUUCGCGGUGUUCCUGGUCCACCUUGCCACCAUCCCCAUCACCGGCACCGGCAUCAACCCGGCGAGGAGCCUUGGCGCUGCCAUCAUCUACAACAAGUCGCACAACUGGGCAGACCACUGGAUCUUCUGGGUCGGCCCCUUCAUCGGCGCCGCCCUGGCAGCCGUCUACCACCAGGUGGUCAUCAGAGCAAUCCCGUUCAAGACCAAGUCCUAAGCUUGCUGCUUUCUGAUGAUGGGGCGGCCGUUUCCCGUGCCUACUAUGUUGUUACCUUGGGACUCCCGAUUUCAAUUCCAAUUCCAAAGUUUGAUGAUGUACUUUGCUCUUGUCUUUCACCCGAGAACCCAGACUUGUAAUCUCAGUACUCAACUGUGUGUGCUGCCGUUAUUGUGCAAAUUAAGUUACCAUCCCGUCGUCAGACUUCAGUUCA